AUGUCGGCAUUUCCUAAAGAUGAGAAGGGAGUAGAGAAGCGGGAAUCCGAUGCCGGCCUCGAAAGAAACACGUCGGUGAUCAUAGGCGAGACACUGGGAAGCAACAGUGAUGCGUCGACAGAAGCCGCCGCAACACACACGACACAGCGAGGCCUGAAGUCGCGCCAUGCGCAGAUGAUUGCGCUGGGCGGGACCAUCGGCACGGGUCUUUUCGUGGGCGCGGGGCAAGGUCUCGCCAUGGGCGGUCCCCUAUUUCUGCUUUUGUCCUACUGCUGCAUCACGCUAUGCCUGUAUGGGGUGGCUACGGCGACGGGAGAGAUUAGCUCAUACUUGCCGGUCCCGGGAGCCUCCAUGUUGUACUACGGGAACAGGUUCGUGUCCAAGAGCUUGGGCUUCACGAUGGGUUGGGUCUACUGGUAUAUCUUCGCCAUUACGGUGCCGGCGGAAAUCACGGCAACGACGCUGGUGAUUCAGUAUUGGGAUCCCCCGCUUCACACGGCUGUCUGGCUCACUAUUGUUGGGGUCUUGAUUAUCUUGCUUAACUGUCUUCCGGUGCGAUUCUAUGGCGAGACGGAAUUCUGGUUCGCCUCAACCAAAGUGAUUGGCAUCGUCGGUCUACUCAUCAUGACUGUUGUGCUGUUCUUCGGCGGCGGCCCUAAACAUGAACCCCUCUACUUCAAACAUUGGAACAACCCAGGACCCGUCAACGAGUACCUCGUAGAGGGGGCAGCGGGGAGGCUAUGUGCAUUCAUCGGCACCAUAACCUUCUCCGUUUUCGCCUUCGCCUUCGCGCCCGAGUUGCUGGUUGUCACGGGCGGCGAGAUGGAGUCGCCCCGCCGAAACCUGCCCGUAGCCACAAAGAGGUACUUCUAUCGACUGCUCGUGUUCUACGUCCUGGGCGCCCUGGCUAUUGGCAUCCUCGUCCCUAGCAACAGCCCGAACCUGCUCUCGGCGGGUAGUGGUGCCGCUGCGUCGCCCUGGGCGAUUGGAAUCCGCGACGCAGGAAUCCAAGCCCUCGACACCGUCGUCAACGUUGUCAUCGUCCUCUCGGCUUGGUCGGCCGGAAACUCGUAUCUGUAUCUCGCCACUCGGACUAUGUACUCAAUGGCACUCGCGGGCAAUGCGCCCAAGAUCUUCACCCGCUGCACUAAGAAGGGCGUCCCGUACUACGCCACCGCGGCGAGCGCGUCGUUUUCGCUGUUGGCGUACCUCAACGUCGCUGCCUCGGGCGCCACUGUCUUCAGCUGGUUCGUUAACAUCAUCAACACGGGUGGUUUCCAGUCCUGGAUCUGCUGCUGCAUCAUCUACAUGCGCUUCCGCAAAGCUACCGCUGCUCAGGGCAUUACCGACAUCCCCUACCGCUCGCGAUUCCAGCCAUACAGCGGCUACGUCAGUAUCGUUGCCUUCACUGUAAUGCUACUUCUCAGCGGAUUCAAGGUCUUCUUCGAUGGGCGUUGGGACGCUGCCAGUUUCGUGAGCAGUUACAUUGGGAUUCCCAUUUUUGCCGCUCUUUACUUCGGCCACAAGCUCACAGUGGGGAGGCAGGACGCCUGGGCUAUACCGGUGCAUCAGAUUGACCUGUCGACUGGUCUGGAAGAGAUCCUUGCUGCUGAGACGCCGGCUCGGCCUAGGGAUAACUGGUGGCAGAAGUGGCGAGUAUUGAUUGAGUGA